AUGACGUGGCCAACUCUCACCCGCACCUUUGUCGCACACGCCGGCCAUGGUCGAGCACACGUCCGCCUUGGACGAACUCACGCCACCACGGGUUGCCCACACUUUGUCCUUAGUCACGCCACAGAAAAGGUCCUUAAUCCGUACAAAAAGAUCAUGAAAGGUGUGACUGAUUGGUUUUAUGCAAACACUUUGAUAUCUGCUGAGAAUCAGAAAGAUGGCUCUAUUGACAAUGGCAAAGAAGUUUGUGCUGUGAAUAGGAAAGGGUUACAAGUUCCUGAGCCCCAAACUAAUCCUCUACCCAUCUCCGAUGGAGACGAUGAUUUUGACAGAUUCUUUCCUCUUCGUCGGUCGAGUCGUUGUUCCUCUCGCGUUGACAAAGCUGCCAUUCGUGACACCCAAGUUGUCAAUCCAAAUGGGUGUGAUGCUAGUAAUCAAGAUGCAAUCAGAUUUCACAGAGUCAAGCCAAGCAAUAACAGCUUUUGA